AGUUCGCCGGCCGCCUUUCAUUAUGCUUACGAACAUUGGCAAUGGCGUUGGCGGCGGCAGCAAUAAAAGCCAUGUUGGUCAUGGUCAUGGUCAUGGUCAGGGUCAGGUUCUGCUAGGCAACGUUAUUACUGCCAGCAGCAACAAUGGAAACAGCAACAACUCUAGCAGUGGCAGCGGAAGUGGCAGCAACUCCUCCAGUGGCAUUGGCAGCAGCAGCGAAAAGUUAACAGCACAAAUCUCACGAUGCGAUGAGGCGCAUAUAGAACCUGCCAGCGAGGAUGAAGAUAAUAGCAGCGCAGAUGACGAUGAUGAUGAAGAUGAGGAUGAAGAUGAAACAACGGCAGAAUCACCUUUACUUCCCCUAAAAGAGGAGCUGUCCACACUUAACAGGACGCAACCACUUGCACUUGCACACAUAUCAACCACAAGCCCAGCUAGAAAGCAAUCUUACUCUUCGUUGGAAAACAACGUUGAGGCACCACAAACUCCUUCGAUCACGAAAACAACCAACGAGUGUCGACGUCGCAGUUCGCUGACUUCACCGCCCCCACAGCCCACUAUAAGCCCACUCAAUAUUCUAGAAGGCGAAGCCAACAACAACAACAACAAUAAUAAUAAUAACAACUACAACAACGAGGAGGAGUUCUACACGCCUCUGGACGGACAGACACCGAUUCACAAGCACUCGCACGACUGCAAACUUUAUCCGCACGACACAUUUGCACGUUUGGAGGGGAAAUCGACAAGGACAAAUACAAAAAUGCAGAGCAAAGUGGAUGCAGUGGGUCAAAUAACCGGCGAAUGGGGCAAGUGGCAAUUGCGCACAGUUUUAUUAAUAUUCCUGUGCAAGAUUCCAUCGUCCUGGUUUAUGGCAUGCAUCAUUUUUACGGCACCAGCACCACGGCAUGGCGAGUUCUUUUGCAAGCCACCGCCAGAACUUGGGACACAGAAUCAGACGCAAUGGAUCAAGGUGUCGCAUCCGCAGAAGGAGGAGAAGGAGGACCAAGAGUUUACCAUUGAUUUCUGCAAUAUCUACCAGGACGCACAGGAUCAUGCACAUCACUACUACAACUAUGAGGAUAGUGCCCAGGAGCCACGAGUCUGGGAGAAGCCGCUGCAUCGCAACUCCAAUGUUAUUCCCUGCACGGAGUUCCAACACGAGUCCGACUAUCACUCGGUGGUAACACAGUAUGAUCUGGUUUGCUCCCGGGACAUUUUAGUCUCGGUUACACAGUUUUUCCAUUUGUUCGGUGUGCUAACCGGCGGCAUACUGGCCAAUCAUCUGCUUAAGUACUUUAGUCCACGCAGUGUAAUGCUCUUUGGCAUGAUCACUCAAAUAUUAUGUGGCAAUCUGACUGGUCAUGUGGCCUCUUAUGAACUCCAUGUCUUCUUCCGCUGCCUCUCCGCUGUCUGCUGCGCUCAGAUGUACACCGCAGGCGGCAUGAUCAUGGCUGAUAUUACUGGCGGAAAGUAUCGCACUUAUGUUUCAACGCUUUUCGAGCAGUUUUGGUCCAUUGGUGUCAUGAUGCUGCCGGGUGUUGCCAGCUUCUGGUCCAGUUGGUCUCACCUCUAUAUGGCCAUCUCUUGUCCAACGGUGAUUCUCAUCUACUUGUGGCAAUGGAUACCAGACUCGCCGCGCUGGAUGAUUGCCCGCGGACGUGUGCAGGAUGCCAAAAAGAUACUGCUGCAAUGUGCCGAGAUGAACGGAACCCGCUACAAUCUUCCUCAUGACAUUGAUCAGCAGCUGGAGCUGCAGGCUCAGACAGCCAUGGAUGCACCGCCACCCGCCGGCUGGUGGUCCAUCUGGAAGGGUGAAAAAGCGGUGCGCCAUAUGAUCUGUGUACAUCUCUGUUGGUCACUGUACAUCAGUGUGUACUAUGGCUGCCUGCUAAACAUACGCUCCUUCAGUCGGGAGCACCUGUACAUUAACACAUUCGUAGCCGGCUUCUGUGAGAUGAUAGGCACCUUCAUUGGUCUCUAUCUGAUCAUGAACACGACACGCAAAUGGCUCUGGGCAGGAAUAUUCAAUAUAUUGGCUGGAUUCUUUGCUUGGUGCUGUUGGCUGGUGCCCAAGCCAGGUGUUGUCUCGCUGGAUGCCAAUGUGGCGAUGCUUAUGUGUACAGCCAUGGUGUCCAAAAUGGCAAUUUCCACAUCGCUCUCCAUACUGACCACCAGCACAGUGGAACUUGUUAGCCCGGAAAAGCGUAAAAUUACAUCAUUCUCGACAAUUUGCUGGGCGCGUUUCUGGCUAUUGGGAGCUCCAUUCAUCGGUUCCACCGUCGUCAUUGGUCAGCUAAUUCCUCAGACUUCCUAUACAGCUCUGGCCAUUAUUGGCGGUAUCUGUAUGUCAUUAAUUAGCAGUCCACGAACACAUCCCAUUUCCAGACCAGCGUCACCAGUUUCGCAGGGAGCACAAAACAUGGCAACGCAGUUCACAGUCAUCGAUGGACUGGACAAUAAGGGAUAUGUGCCAAGCUCCAACUCAAAUACCAUCUGUGCUACAAAUUCGUUUAGGAAAUUGACCACACCACAAUCCAAUCUACCUCCUCAACUAAUGCCCGGCAUUUGGACGACCAAAAUAAGCGAGGACGCCCCACAAAUGUGAUAUGAUACACAACUGUAGGUGUAGAGUGAGGAUUUGUUGAAUAAAUAGCUGUUGAAUAUUAUUAAUCAAAGUGAGGUUAGAAAACCGACAUCGAUCUGGUGGCCGUAUGUCCUAUAAACGUAAUCAGCGUAGUAAAACGAACUGUCUAGUAAUUUGAUAUCCUUUAUAGACAAGUGUUUUGUAUAUAAUGACUCGUAUUACUAUCAGGGUUAUACUAAAUCCAUUUUUUGGAAAUGAAAUUACCAAACUUUUUGCUAAGUCUAAGUAAAAUUCAAGCGCUUUUCGCUUCAAUUAACAACAGCUUAUUACCGCCCUAUAAAUUACAACGGAGCACAAUUUACAAAUUAACUCUACUGACAAAACCAACUCAAAUGCUCAAAAAAUGAGAAAAUAAUUAAAAGUAACUAUACGUAAUUAACUAUCCAAAUGGCAAAGAUUCAUUUUUAAGUAGACAAACUUUUUAAGCUAUUUCAAUUAAAAAAGACGCUCGUAGGAAACACAAAGAAUGAUUCAAUAUUAAUAAGUUUUAGCAAAUAUUUUAAAGUUUAAUUUUGAUUAGUUGAAAAUCAUAGCAUAACAAACGCUGAUUAAUCCUACAUAAAACUGUCUGGGAUACGAGUACCUUCAGUGCAGCCAUAAAGUAGCAUCGUAAGUUAGUCAAUCAAAUGUGGAACAUGCUAAGGGAGGAUCCCAGUAUUAAUCUGCCAUCAAUGAGUGAUGAUAAUAAUUUUUGAAAUAGUUUGAAAACUUUACAAUCUAACAAAAUAAUGUUUUCUACAAACUAACAUCAACCAACUCCUAAUAAUAUAAGCUCAAAAUGUCCUCUUGAAUUCCCUGAAAGCUGUUCCACAUUUCAGUGAUUGUGUUGAAAACACCUGGAGAGAAUUACAUGAAAAGACAUAUAAGUAGUUACACAUAAUUUUUUAUCAAUUAAUUGAAUACACAAUAAUUUUUAAACUAUGUACACUUUAAAUUCAGGUUAUUUCAAUACCAUUAUGUAUUAUCAAGUGCAUCAAAAACAAAGAAAAACAAGAAAAAUUUCAAGUUCAAGUUAAGAUUCUAGUAAUCACCUAGUGGUUUAAAUUUUUCAAUUAUAUAUUUAUGUACGUAAUUAUGUAUAUUUUUCAAAUAUAUAUAUAAAUAGUAAUUAAUGGGACUAGAAUCUCGUUGAAUGUUAAAUAAUUAUGGUUAUUCUAUGAAGAGAAAUGUUAUGCAUGGCAAAGCGAGCAAUAUUUUUUUAAUAAAGACUAUCAAAAUAUCAAUUGUAC